AUGCCUCAACUCGACUACGACGAUAAUGUCACGGACAACCCAUGGCGUCCAGUCCGUAUGGUUCUGUUCAUACUUUGGAUCAUCCAUUUCUUCGUUUGCGCGUUCGGAACAGUUGGUACCUUUGCUGACGUCUUUACCACACCGCUCGGUUUCNNAAGUCUGUCGACCUUCUUGAUACUGUUGAGUGUGAGCCUUGGAAUUCUUACUAUGGGCCUCCGUAAGGACCGCGGUAGUAUCCAGCUGCCUGUGCUUAAUAGGAAGGUCUAA